GCAGCAGCGAUGUUUCAGAACCAGCUACCUGUCUGGGUCCCCCAUUAUCCACCAGACUCAGGUUGGGGAGCAGAUUCAGUCCCUCCAGGCACCUGUACCUCAGAGGAGCAGUUGUUUCCCUGCCAUCUGCUCUCAGUGAGGAUCAUUCGGAUGAAAAAUGUCCGUCAGGCCGAUGUGUUGAGUCUGACAGACUGUUUCGUAAGUCUCUGGCUCCCAACUGCCUCCCACGAGAAGCAGAGAACAAGGACUGUCUCCGACUGCCGCAACCCAGAGUGGAAUGAAACCUUCAACUUCCGGAUCCAGUGCCAGGUGAAGAAUGUGCUUGAACUAAGUGUCUGUGAUGAGGACUCACUUACCCCAGAUGAUCAUCUCUUGACCGUCCUCUAUGACCUCAGCAAACUCUGCUUCCGAAAUAGGACCCAUGUGAAAUUUCCACUCAACCCUGAGGGCAUGGAAGAACUAGAAGUGGAAUUCUUGCUGGAGGAGAGCCCUACUGCACCUGAAAGCUUCCUCACCAAUGGCGUACUAGUGUCUAGACAAGUUUCCUGCCUGGAAGUUCAUGUGAAGCAUAAAAAACAGAAGAAGAAUCAAAAGAGAAAACACCUAACUGUGACAGUGAAUGAAUCCUAUGAAAACACCCAGUACAUCUCACCCUGCUACAACUCUAGCAACCAUUGCCCAGAUCUUGCCUUCUUCCACUACACCAAAUACUUCCAGCCCCAAAUGCAUGUGGAAGUGCCCAGGAACCGAUGGACCUGUGGGCUUUCCUGUUGUUGUGGUGCCCAUAAAGGAAAUCAUUCUGUCUGCAUGUCCCUGGAGUGCCUCCCAGAUGGACAAGAGUUGACAAUACCUAUGAAUGAAAACUGUGAUUUACAUGUGACAGCCAAAGACUGCCCUGAUGAGUUGAACGUGAGGUUGGGUUACAGUCUAUGCUCAGAGGAGCUGGAGUUCCUGCAGAAGCGGAAGGUGAUCGUCGCAGAAGCCCUGAAGCAGGUGUUGCAGCUGGAACAGAAUCUGCAAGAUGAUGAGGUGCCGCUGGUGGCAAUCAUGGCCACAGGGGGUGGCCUGAGAUCGAUGACCUCCAUGUAUGGCCACCUUUUGGGGCUUCAGAAGCUGAACAUCCUGAACUGUACCAGCUACAUCACAGGCCUUUCGGGUGCAACUUGGACCAUGUCCAACUUAUACAAAGACGCUGACUGGUCCUCCAAAAACCUGGAGAAGGCCAUCCAGGAGGUUCGCAGACACGCCGUCAAAAACAAGAUCCCUUCGCUUUACCCUGAACAACUCAGUUACUACCAGCAGGACCUGAAACAAAGGAGCCAAGAAGGCUACAGAGUUACCUUCACAGACCUGUGGGGUUUAUUGAUUGAGUCCUUUUUGGGGGAUGAGAAAUAUGAAGGGAAGUUGUCAUGGCAAAAAGAAGCUCUGUGCCAGGGCCAGAAUCCCCUCCCAAUCUAUCUCACCAUCAAUGUGAAGGAUGAUGUAAGCAACCAGGAUUUCAGAGAAUGGGUGGAGUUCACCCCCUACGAAGUGGGAUUCCAGAAAUAUGGAGCCUAUGUCCCCACGGAAUAUUUUGGCUCUGAAUUCUACAUGGGACGAUUGAUGAAGAGGAUCCCUGAGUCCCGGUUAUGUUACUUGCUAGGCCUGUGGAGCAGCAUCUUCUCCCUGAACAUGCUUGAUGCCUGGAAUCUGUCCCACAGUUCAGAGGAAUUUUUCCACAGAUGGACAAGAGAAAAAAUGCAUGAUAUUGAGGAUGAACCUUUAUUGCCUGAAAUCCCCAAGUGUGAUGCAAAUGUCCUGGAGACAACAGUGGUGCUGCCUGCCACAAAGCUAGCCAAUACUCUACGGGAUGUCCUCACCUACCGGGCCUUUGUGUCUCAGUUCCACAACUUUCUCAGGGGCCUGCAGCUUCACACAGACUAUCUCCAAAAUAGCCAGUUCGACACCUGGAAAGACACAGUGCUGGAUUGUUUCCCAAACCGUCUGACGCAGGCUGAGAAGCAUCUCUGCCUGCUGGAUACUGCAUUCUUCGUCAACUCCAGUUACCCACCCCUCCUGAGACCCGAGAGGAAAGCUGAUAUUAUCAUACAUCUCAAUUAUUGUGCAGGUUCCCAGAUAAAGCCCCUAAAACAGACCUGUGAGUACUGCAAAGUGCAAAAUAUCCCCUUCCCCAAAUACAGUGUGAAAGAAGAAAGUGAGGAGCACUUAAAGGAGUGUUACCUGUUGACACCUGACGAAGAUGCCCCAGAUGCCCCAAUAAUACUGUUCUUUCCACUCAUCAAUGGCUCUUUCCAAAAGUAUAAAGCCCCAGGUGUGGAACGCAGCCCAGAAGAGAUGGAGGAUGGACAUGUUGAUAUCUACAGCGACAAUACUCCCUAUGCCACCAAGGAGGUAACUUACACAGAGUCUGCUUUUGACCGAAUGGUCAACCUCUCUGAAUACAACAUCUUGAAUAAUGCAGACAUGAUCCUUCAAGGCUUACGCCUAGCCAUGGAAAGGAAGAAGCAGUUAAAGAAAGCGUGUUCAUUGUAAUCAUGGUGACUCUCUUGGAUGGCAUUUCUGUUUCUUCCACCAUUUCAUCAAAGUCUAAUGCCAACUGAUUAGUUGGUAGAGGACAUACUCUCUCACUGAGAGAUGGACACAGUCAAACUGACUUGGACAUGUACCAUCUUCAUAUACUAGGGAGAGGGAGAGAUGUGAGGGAAGGGAAAAGGCACAAAGUAACAAAUGAGAGGGAUGUUGGGCUUCAUACCCAAGAUUAAACUAUUGGAGUUUUUUUAAUUUAAAAAAAUAAAUAAAUAAAACUCUUCCUGAAUAACUCCCUGAAAUGACAGGGAAUACCAUUGCCACAGGCUCAGGCAUGCCAUCAUCUGAGAAGGCUAGGGGCUGUGACAGCGGGAAAACAACAGAACCAGAGCUUGUUUUAACUGAGAAGAAACUUGAUACAGUAGAAAAAAGGGGGAAAAAAAGAGUAUUGGAAUCAGAAGACCUGAGCUCAAAUCCUAGUUUGUCCAUAUGUACAUAUGUAUACAUAUAUACAUAUGUAUGACAUAGUCAUACAUACUAUUUGUGUGACUGUGAACAAGUCUUUUAACAUCUAGUUGUAAAAUGAGGAGAACUGGGCUACAAAAAAACAUCAUUCCUCUAUAAAGUGCAGAUAAAGACUUCAGCUUCUUCUCUCUCUCAUUGGCAGGGAUGUCCCAAGAAAACAGGGGAUGUGAUCUGUAAAGCAGUUUUAAAUUUCUCUAGAAAAAAAUUAAAUUUGUAUUGUUAUGGUCAUUUUUAUUGGUCAGGAUAAUGACAAUGUGUGUACGAUUAAGCCAUCUUGGCAUCUUCAGUAAUGUAGUCAAGCAGGUCACCAGAUUUUAGUUUGCCACUGACCGUUCAGAAUUGGAAUGGACUCGAUACAACGAAAUGUUGUUUCAUCAAGUAAGCGGGGCUCCAGCAUUCACAUCUUAGCAAAUGCUAGGCAAAGUUCAAGACAUGUUUGGAUUGCUGAUUUUAGGGAAUAGCACUGCUUAGGGGCAUAGCUUAGAAACUACGAUAAUGGCACCCCCCCACCCCCACCUAUUCUCCCCACCCCCCACCCCCGCCCAGAACAGUUUGAAUGAGCCUGUAAGCAGUGAGAGACCUGCAAUAGAGAAUUCUGAGCCAAGUUCGUGGAAUGCCGUUGACUUCACAGAAUAGGUGUUCUCGGGAUCCAGAAGCCAAGUUCAGCUCAAAGAAUACUCUUGGAGUACUUGAUUUUGGGUCCUCUUCCAACUCUACCUCUUUCCUUGCCAUUCACCAUCAGGUCAUGAUUACUGUUAUUUAUCAUGUAAGCAUAAUCUACUUAAAUUAUUGAAGAGUGAGCCAAAUUACCUUGAAAACUUAUGUAAUGAGAUUUAUAUACAUGCUGUAUCAUAUGAAAGUAGUAAUUCAUUAGUGGACUUUAAUACUGAAUUAGACUGAUGGCCUAACAAGUGUAUUUGGUUAUUCUGCUUUCAUUGCCUGAUAACACAAAUGUGAGUGACCUCCUCGACACUUUCACACCUGGAUUACUACCAGAGUCUGCUAACAGGCCUCCGACUCUUUCCCGCUCCAGUGUAUCCGUCAUAUCCUGGCCAUAGGACUCUCAUGGGUUUGAUUGUCAUUUCCAAGCACACGCUCCCAGAUCUGUAUAACAAUAAUAAUAAUAAUUAACAUUCAUAUGGUGCUUUA